AAAUGGCACCCAACGCUCUCAGUCCUGUAGACAUUGAAAACAUGAAUGAUGCUGCAAUUGAACAAGUUCGCCUGCAAGUCAGUGACGUCAUUGAUCCUCGGUACGACACAAAAUGGAAUAUGCUUCGAUGGCUUCAAUCAAACGAUUUCAAUAUUCCAAAAACUGUGCAUCUUUUGAAAAAACAUUUGAAAUGGCGGAAAGAUCGUAAACUCGAUGAACCUGAAAGUCAGUCUCUUCUCCAAUUCAGUGACGCUCGACGAAAGCACGCUCCAAUUGAUAUUAUUGGACCACAGAGAAAAGAAGAUGGUGAUAGACUUGUCGUUGUGGAUCGCGCAGGAAGAAUCGAUGUGUCAGGAUUAAUGAAAUCUGUUCAGCCAACCGAGUACUUGCAUGAAAUGUUCCGUUCCUUUGAAGAAAUUCAACGAAGACUUAUGAAGAUGGAAGCUGAAACUGGUGUACAGUGCUACAUGCAUUAUAUCUUUGAUCUUGAAGCCUUGAAUUUUGAUCCUACAUUGCUAGGCGUUGUAAAUGGUCCCUUCCGUGUUUCAUGGCAACUGGUCGGGCAACACUAUCGGGAAUUUAUUGACAAGUUCAUUGUAAUAAAUUCGCCCAGCUAUAUCAAUGUCUUAUGGUCAGCACUGUCUCCUUUCAUUCCAGAGCAAUCAAAACAAAGAAUUGUAUUUGCGGGCUCUAACUGGAAGGAAGAACUGUUGGAUAUUGUGGACAAAGAAUGUUUGCCAGAAAGAUAUGGUGGAAUGAUUCCAGAUAUUCAAUGUCUAAAACCAGUAGAUCCAAUUCCAAAAUCACUUUAUUGGAAGCUUCCAGCACAAUAUCCAACAAUGGAUCAACUCCAUAAAGUUUCAGUUUCAGCGUCCAAACAUCGCAUGCUCAUCUACAAAGUUGAUAAACCAGACACAGAGCUAUUAAUGUAUUCUCAUAAUGAAAACGAUAUCACAAUUACUCUAUACUACUCGAAAAACAAGAAUGUAUCUGAAAAUGAUCUUGAAUUGGCUGUAGCUCCAAUUCCAAAAUGUGGUCUUCCGGCAAUGGAUCUCUUUGAUUACAACUGUGAAUAUCCUGGAUAUUAUUAUAUUAAAUUGGCAAAUGAAGCUUCCUGGCUUUUGCCAUCUACUUAUCGAAUAAUUGUGAUUGAAAAGGAGUCAGGAAAAGAAUUGGAACCAUUGAAUCUCAAUGAAAAAUGGAUCAAGAAAGGACAAAAAUCAAAGAAGAAGUAAUUGAAAAAUAAUAAUUGAUUUAUUAAUUCGAUUUUUGUGUAAAUAUGUAUUUGAAUGAAUUUUGAAAUCACAAUAAACUUUAAAAUUAUCACAG